UUUUCCUUUCCGUUUUGCGUUUUGCAUGUCUGCUCAUCUCUUUUACAAUUUCUUUGUGCAGAAAUAUGGGUCAUCUAAUAUAUUUGCUUGGAUACGGUGGACAUUGGGUUAACCGAGGUGAUAAUAGUUUGAAAUAUGUUGGUGGAGUUCAAACAUUUGUAUCAGUUAGUAAAAAAAUAAAGUUUGAUGGAUUUGUUGAAGCAGUAUGCUCUCGUUUAGCCAUUAAUCAAAGUUGCAAUAGUGUAAAAAUUUACAUGCAAAAUCUGACCACUUACAGUGAUUUACCAUAUUUGUUGAAGGAUGAUUUUGAUAUACGGAUUAUGAUGAGAUUAUCAAAGACACAUAAAAGGGAUCCGUUAUUUCUUACAGUGUUUACAAGGCCUACAGAAGGUAUAACUAAUAUGCAACAACAGCGAACUGAACCUAUGGAUGAUGCAAUAAACUCUGUGGAUAAUAUAUAUUCUGAGACACAGCCAGAGGGUAUGCCUGAGGGUGAUGGGGUUGAGGUUAUGAUACAUGAUGAAAUAAGAAGGCAGCAACGCCCUUUACGGGGUACAACAGAUAGAUGUGAUGAGAUGGAUACUAUUCUGAGAGAAAAUUUUCAACCAGAUGAGGAAGAAUAUGGUGGUUAUACUGAUUGGGAUAAUAGGGGUGAUGAUUUCAGGGAUAAUGGAAGUGAUAAUGAUAAUGGUGGUGAUGAGGAAUAUGGUGAUGCCGAUGAUGAUAAUGAUGAAAACAUCAUGCUAUCAUUCACUCCGUGCGAGAAGUAUUCCCAAAUGCACACCACGGUUGGUGUAACCACCAUAUAAAAGGUAAUAUGCGAAGCAAGUAUAAACAGACAAAGCAUAUAGAUGGGUUGUUUUGGCGAGCAGCGAAAGCUUAUCGAUUACCAGAUUUUGAGGGUGCAAUGCGAAUGAUUAAUGAAGAAAAUCCUUCAGCAGGUGCAUAUUUACAGGGUAUAGACUAUGGACGUUGGGCCCGUGCUUAUUUCCCAGGUAUUCGAUAUAAUAUAAUGACAACAAAUAUUGCUGAGUCGUUUAAUGCCUUAGCACGACACGCACGAAAAUUACCGGUUAUGAUGCUACUUGAGUUUUUGCGUUCUACCAUUCAGAAAUGGUUUUACUCUCGGCGCACUAUGUCAGAGGCUUCUACUAAUAAACUCACUCCGUGGGCUGAGGAGAAAAUAGCAGGUCAUAUCCUAAAAUCAGCUAACAUGGUUGUCAAACCAAUAAGUAUGCACCGAUAUGAAGUCCACGGUGUGGCCCAAUCGAUCGCUAUAGUGGAUCUAUGUGCGCAGGAGUGUAGCUGUAAGAAAUUUCAAUUGUCACAUAUUCCGUGUACACACGUUGUAGCCGUGGCUAGGUUUCAGAAUCUUUCGGAUUGUUAUCAAUGGGUUAGUAAAUACUAUUCAACCGAAUAUUGGCAAGCAGUAUAUCGAGAGAGUGUUGAACCACUAGGAGAUCCUUCUGAAUGGUUACGUCCGGAGAAUCUUCCCGAGAUCCAGCCACCUCUAAUACAGAAUCGUCGUUCAGGCCGACCGUCAGAACAAAGAAGGAGACCAUCGCAGGGGGAGGAAGUACGUCAACCUGUUUGUAGUCGGUGUCGCGAGCGUGGGCAUACUAGACUUACUUGUGCGAACCCUUUAUAAUUGCGUACAUCCAGAUGUUUAGGAUGUGCAAUUUGAGGAAACUGGGCACUACAGCGCAAUUUGAGGAUAAUGGGAACUAAGGGAAAUUAUUUUUUCUGUUUGGAUGUAUCAAUAGAUUUGUUUUUAUUUUGUAUUGUUGUGUAAUGAUAUUUUUUGCAACAUUUACUUUGUUUGUAUCCAAGGGAAGAUAUACUAGGUGUUUUUGAAAA